AUGGCAUCCAAUGAUGGAAAGCAAGGUUCAUCAACGAAAGCUGAGACACCUUUUGAUUUGAUCCACACUGUUUGGUAUUUGUUUAUAGGAACCAUCAUUUGUCUUGCCUACAUUGGCGUUGCCUGGAUAUGCUUUUAUUUCGUCAUACACCAAUUUUCUGGAAGCAAAAUAAACAGCGUCCUUGAUACUUUUUAUGUCACUGUUGUUUUACUCACUUCAAAUGGGUAUAAAGACCUUACUCCCGAUAGCGAUAUCGCAAUACUAUUUGCCACUUUCUUCGCCCUCACGGGUGUAGUCGUUUUUGGGGCACUAAUGAGUCUCAGUGCAAAAAUCUUUCUAGACAGCCAACUGAAUCUAAGGAUGAUACUUCAGAAAUUGAAGCAGGAUCCAGAGUUGUCGUAUUUGAGAGUAGCUAAAAUAAAGUGGAAGGAGGGGGUGGUCUUGCUUGCGGUGCAUAUGGCUGGUGGGAUCGUUUUCUUGGUUUCAAUCGGGAAUAUGAACUUUUUCCGCGCAUUAUAUUGUGUCUCUUCGACAAUUACAACCGUUUUAAGUGACGAGGAAUGCUUCUCAACAAAAGAUAGACGCAUCUUCGCAGUAAUCUGGAUAUUAUUCGGAAUGAUUACUUUAAGUUGGAUGCUCUACGCUUUUACGGAAGCAUGGACUCAAAGAAGCAAAUGGGUCUUAGCGAAAAAGAGUUUACAAGAAAAUCCUGCAAUUGCAGGCUUGCAGCCAAGUGAUGAUCUUGAUGCUGAUGGCCAUAUGAGGGAAGAAGAAUUUAUCCUAUUAUUCGCCAAGGAGAUCGAGAAGUUGCGCAAGAUAGGCAUGGAAGCUAACAUUAACGAAAAGUUGGGACUCGGAGACAGCGAUAAAGACAAAGCUUCAUCGAUCGAAGAUAAACUACUAAAGUACCUAAAUUUAGAUGAUUUAUGGGAGAUAUUCAUCUACUUGGUUGGCUACUUGGGUUUCAGUAUGGUAAUCUUUUAUGCAGUAAGUUACUAG